UUUAAUAGUAAAUAUUUAAUACUUUGUAAUUCAGUUUUUUAUAAAUUUGUGAGCAAAUAAUCUACAUAGUAAAUGUAUUAAUAAUAAGCACAAGAUAAUAAAUAAGGAAAUACUAAUAGGCUAGUACCUCAUAAUGGCCAUGUUAACAAAAUUAUUCGUUCAAAGAAUAUACUUAAUAGUAUAGCUAAAGAAGAUUAAAUGAAUGACUAGUAUGCCAACUCUCCUAUUUCCACUCCCUUUAAAAAAAUUAGAUAUUCUACAUUGAGAUCUGAGCAACUAAGCUCACCUGAAUAAACUACACUUAAUUUAUCUCUUACUAAUAACUAGAAUGGAGUAUUUUCUGGGACAUUUUAUGGAGGAAUGAAUUCAUCACAAGUAAAUAAUAGCAAAUAAACACUAGAAAAUGUUAGAACUGAAUAUUUUUAGCAUAAUGCAUAAAAUUAAAGCUCCAUUUAAUAAAAUACUACCUAAUCUAGGGUAAAUUCCUUUUAAAAUGAAUAAAAAGGAGUUCAAUAAAGCAAAUCAAAUAAUUUAGUUCCUUAAUUAAGAUUAAACAAAGUAAUUAGCGGUUAUGCCAAUUAAGUUAAUUCUAUAGAGAGCUUAGAUAUAGAUUCAUCUUCUUGUACAAACAGAGCUUCAAAGGAAAGGAAACGAAGCAUUGAAAAUUUCAGGAGCAAGAUAAUUAUUAAUGGAUUUUUUACUGAGAGAUAAUCAUGCACUUCAAGGUGUGAAGAUCAUCGAAAAGGUAGAGAGAUUAGCCCACAAACAAAGAGAGUUCUGAAAGAAAAGGAUACUAAUAAAAAAUUAAUAACUCUUAAAUAAACUUCUCACUAAGUAUAAUAAGUUAAUGAUAAAAAGAAUACUUUUUAAUAACCUAAAACAAAAGACGAAAAUACUAAAUUAUGGGUUAAUAAAACAGACAAGAUUUAAGAAGAAGAAUUUUCUAAUCCUCAACUUGAAUUUGAGCACUUGAAUCAAAGAAGACUCUCUAUGAAACCUAUUUUUAAUAGAGAGUCCGAAUAAGCAUAAAAUAUACAAAGGUCUUAAGAUAAUAUUAUUGAUGGAUAUUAUUCACCUAUAGCUUCAUAAAAUUAAAUAAAUAUAUAGUAAUAGAUGAGCAGGCAUUCCAUCAGUACUGCUUAUGAAAAUAAAUAAAGAAAGACUUCAAAAUAAAAUUAGGAUGGAAUUCUUCAUUCAAGUCAGGUGAGCGAUUAGCAAAAAAACAUUAUUGCCACUAUAAAGAAUAUUUCUACUAAUUUUUAGUAGCACUCGUAAUUAAAAUCUAGCUUAAAAUAAAGCAAAAAUCAAAAUUAACAAAUUUCUAAAUAGCUAACCAGUUUAGCAAUUAAGAAGUGCGUAUCUAAUUAAAGUUAGCAAUAAAAAUCCCCAACUCUCUCUUCAAACAAUUCUAAGAGGGAAAAAUUAAAUUUGAAAAAAGAAGAUACCUUAAACAACUAAUCUGUCAAAAUACCAGAUAGAUAAAUUUUUUUCUUAGAUUAAAACGAAAAAACUAUCUAAGAUGGAGCGUUUUUAAAAUACAAAACUGAAAGUGACUUAUACAAGCACGCUACAUCAUCAAACUAGAAAAACACUAUACAAUUUAAUCUCUCAGCAGUUGCAUAGGAAAAAUAAGAUGAAAUGAACUAAAAUUCAAGUGGUGACUUAAAUGAUAAGCAAAAGAUUCUUAUGACCAAAAGUGUUCCUAACUUAGAUAAAAUGUAUAAAAAUAAUUUAUAAAAAAUAGUUAAUACUAUUUAAAAGUAGCAAAAUAUUUCGAAAUAAUCAAGACUUUAAUAAUUUUUAGAAAAUUAAGCAACAAAAAAGUCAAACAAAAUAUAUAUUUCUAAAGGAUUAAAUGUAAAAAACUAAGGAGACUUAAUAGAAUUUUGGAACACAUUAAAAGAAAAAAUAUAUGCAAAAAAUAAUGUUGAGUUAGUCUUUAAAAAAAAUAAAUUCGAAUAAAAAUGCUUGAAUGCUAUGAUGGAAAUAGUAGAAAAUAUCAAUUAAUUAACUUCAAAUGACAAUGCUAGCUUUUGGCAAUAUAAUCAAUUUAUUGAUUUCUUAGGCAACAUAAUUAACUUACUUUAACAAAAUUAGCAGUUUUCUUAUUACUUUUUGAUUAGACUAUAUUCAAUUUAAGGAAAAUUCUCAUACUAAUGUGGUAAUAUUUAUAAUGCACUGAAGUCUUUCUUGGCUGCCAAACGACUAGCCAAUUAAUAUAAAGAUUAUAAAUUUAAGUUAAAAAUGCACAAGCAUUUGGGUUUAUGCUUUAAACUUAUCAAAGACUUACGCUAGGCCAAAUCUUAAUUUAUGAAAAUGCUGCUACUUUCAUGGUUUCUUGAUGACAGGGAUUCUGAACUAUAAUCAUAUGAUGAAUUGGGAAUUGUUUUUUAUUAUGAGUGUGAUAUUCCCUUAGCUCAAAGAUUACAUUAAAGACUGUGCUUUGAUAUUGUAGAAGGUGAAGACUCUAAAGCUAAACAGUCAGCUGUUGAUAACUUUAAACAAAAAUUGAAGUACAGUGACUAAUAAAAAAAUAUCGAGUUUACAGAAGAGUUUUAGGAAAAAUUGAAAAAAACUAAAAAGAUUCGCAUGAAAAAUCAAAACACUGACAUAGAGGAAGUAAAUUUCUCAGACUCAAGUGACGAAGAGCCUGAUUAUUAUUUAAGAGAAAUAUUGUAGCAAGACCUUUAAAAAUAAGAACAGAGGGAAAAUGAAAGAAUGGAGCAAUUAAAAAGUGAAAAUUCAUAAAGAAACAUAAAAUUACGCUAUUCUAAGUUUACUUAAGAGCGAGAACAUUCUAAAGAGUAGGAUCAAAUAUACUAGCGUAUAUAAAAUUCUUUACUAUUUUCACAAAAUAAUGAACCAGAAAAGAAAAAAAAUCCUACAAUUUUAAUAUCUCAUUUAAGUCGUAACAGAAGCAGCAAUAAUUAUAAAGAAACAACUGUUAAAGAAUAUCAGUAUUUUCAUUGGAAGAAAUAUUAGGAUCAUAUUUAGGAAAUAAAAAAUUAAUAAUAAUCCCAAGUUAAUCCUUCUAUAGUAUAAAACUUUAAAAGAAAUUCUGUUAUCCGAUUUAAUGAUGAAUAAACUCCUGUAAGUCUUACAAACAUUAAAACUUAAAAUAAUAUAUAACAACUCCCUAUAGAAAAUUCCCAGGAUGCUAAUUUAUUUAGAUUCGUGGUUUCAAAUCACAAUCUAAAGAUCCUAACAGUCAGUCUUGAAAAAUUGAGAAAAUAAAUAUUACUGCUUUUAGAAAAUAUAGAAAGAUAUGAAUCUAAUUUGAAAAAUUAAAAUGUUCCAGCAAAGAGGAAUGGAUUUUUCUUUCAUUGA